GUAGUUGUCUGCUGGCGGUAUCUCAGAGCUUAGCUCUGUCCUGUAGUUAAAAAUACAACAGUACUGUACAAAAUUGGUUGUCAAAUUAGACCUGUUAUCUAUUUUUCGCUCAAAUCUCAACUAUUUGAAUUCCCCAAGUUCUCAAAUAAUCUUUCUUUGGUAAAAUUUCAUAAAUUAUGCUCAAAUUUAAUUAGAAGAGUUACGAUUUUGCAGCUUCUAAGACGGUCCUUCAGCCGCCUAAAUUGAUGGAAUUGGAGAAGCAUAUGUGUGGAAGUUUGCAUUGAAGUAUCACUAUCAAUAGAGUUGCUUGUUAUCCAUUGUCUGUGGGUUUAAUUUAUGCUUGGAAUUUUGGGAUUUAAGUUACAUUGAAGAAGGGUUAUUGGGACUGUUAGGUAGCAACGUACUAUAAUCAAUGGAUUCGGUUAACGAAGGAACUGAGGGUAGAGGUAGUAUGUGGGAUUUGGAUCAGAAGCUGGAUCAGCCCAUGGAUGAGGAGGCUGGAAAACUUAAGAAUGCGUACCGAGAGAAGAAAUAUUCAACAUUAUUGCUUCUACGGUUGGCGUUUCAAAGUCUUGGGGUAGUGUAUGGGGACUUGGGCACAUCUCCGCUCUAUGUUUUCUUCAAUACAUUUCCUCAUGGAGUGAAAGACCCAGACGACGUGAUUGGAGCACUUUCAUUGAUCAUAUACUCCCUCACUCUUGUCCCAUUGUUGAAGUAUGUUUUCAUUGUAUGCAGAGCAAAUGAUAAUGGCCAAGGAGGUACAUUUGCUCUUUAUUCGUUGCUAUGUAGACAUGCAAAUGUAAAUACUAUCCCAAACCGGCAUAGAACAGAUGAGGAUUUGACAACAUAUAGUCGUUUUAAACUCCAAGACAAAUCAUUUGCCUCAAAAACUAGGCAAUGGCUAGAGAAUCAUUCAUCCAGAAAGAAUUCCCUUCUUCUCCUUGUUCUUGUUGGCACUUGCAUGGUAAUUGGAGAUGGAAUUCUCACUCCAGCAAUAUCAGUUCUUUCAGCUUCUGGUGGGAUCAAGGUAGACCACCCUAAUUUGAGUAAUGGUAGUCUCCUCUUUCUCUCUUUGCUUUGUAUUGUUCUCUCUGUUAAAGUGAUCUUUCUUGUAAAGCGUUGCGCUGCUGUUCUUGCCAGCUUCUUUACAUAUUUUUCUUCGUAUGCAGAUGUGGUUGUGCUUGUUGCUGUUGUGAUACUGGUGGGUUUGUUCAGCUUGCAACAUUAUGGUACCGAUAAAGUUGGGUGGCUCUUUGCGCCAAUUGUGCUGCUUUGGUUUCUGAUGAUUGGAGGUAUUGGUGCAUUCAACAUCUGGAAAUAUGACAGCAGUGUACUGAAAGCUUUUUCACCGGUUUAUCUAUAUCGCUAUCUCAAAGGAGGAGGGAAAGAUGGAUGGACCUCCUUAGGGGGAAUCAUGCUUAGUAUAACUGGGACUGAAGCACUGUUUGCUGACUUGGCUCACUUUCCGGUAUUGGCUGUGCAAAUAGCAUUCACAGUAAUUGUGUUCCCCUGCCUUCUUCUAGCAUAUUCUGGACAAGCUGCUUAUCUAGUAAAUCAUCAAGACCAUGUGGAAGAUGCAUUCUAUCAUUCAAUACCAGAUAGUAUCUACUGGCCUGUAUUCAUCAUAGCAACUUUGGCCGCGAUUGUUGCAAGUCAGGCGACCAUAACUGCAACGUUUUCAAUUAUAAAGCAGGCUCUUGCUUUAGGCUGCUUUCCAAGAGUGAAAGUAGUACACACUUCGAAGAAAUUUCUUGGGCAAGUAUACAUUCCAGAUAUAAAUUGGAUACUUAUGGUCCUAUGCAUAGCUGUAACUGCUGGAUUUAGGAACCAAAAUCAGAUUGGAAAUGCUUAUGGUACAGCAGUAGUGAUAGUCAUGUUAGCCACCACAUUCCUGAUGAUUCUAAUCAUGUUGUUGGUUUGGCGGUGGCAUUGGAUACUUGUGUUGAUCUUCACUGGUUUGUCAUUACUGGUGGAGUUAACCUAUUUUUCAGCUGUUCUGUUCAAAAUUGAUCAAGGUGGGUGGGUCCCACUUGUCAUCGCAGCUGCCUUUCUAAUUGUGAUGGUGGUUUGGCACUAUGGAACUGUGAAACGCUAUGAGUUUGAAAUGCAUAGUAAGGUCUCAAUGGCCUGGAUUCUGGGGCUGGGACCAAGCUUAGGGUUGGUAAGGGUACCAGGAAUUGGACUUGUGUACACGGAGCUAGCGAGUGGUGUCCCAAGCAUUUUCUCUCACUUCAUCACAAACUUACCAGCCAUUCAUUCAGUGGUUGUUUUUGUAUGUGUAAAAUACCUACCAGUAUAUACAGUACCUGAAGAUGAAAGAUUUCUGGUGAAGAGAAUUGGACCGAAGAACUUCCAUAUGUUCCGUUGUGUAGCGAGGUAUGGUUACAAGGACCUCCACAAGAAAGAUGAUGAUUUUGAGAAGAAACUGUUUCAUAAUCUUUUCAUGUUUGUUCGACUAGAGUCUAUGAUGGAAGGAUGUACUGAUUCUGAAGAAUACAGUAGUAGUAUAUAUGGUCAGCAAACAGCUGAGUCAAGAGACUGCUUUUUGGAUAAUGGAAGUACAAUAAUGUCUGAGUUUGAGCACACAAUUGAGUCAGGGGAUUCCAUUGUGCCUGCAAAUUCUCCGUUGCGACAAGUACAUUUUAGGCCUAGGUCAUCUGGGCAGGCAAGCAGCCAAAACGAGGUUGAUGAAUUGGAUUUCUUGAAUAGUUGUAGAGAUUCUGGGGUUGUGCAUAUAUUGGGCAACACUGUCGUCAAAGCAAGAAAAGAUUCAAGGUUGUAUAAAAGGAUUGCUGUUGAUUAUAUUUAUGCGUUUCUUAGGAAGAUUUGUAGGGAGCAUAGCGUCAUCUUUAAUGUCCCGCAUGAGAGUUUAUUAAACGUUGGACAGGUAUUUUAUGUAUAACCCAUUAUUAUUUCAUCAAUAAUCAAGAUGCAAAUUCUAUUGUA